AUGGAGACCAUUAGAGACACCGCGUUCGGAAAGCUGGUGCGCCUUUUCACACAUUUCCGAUACAUGCAGUACCCCGAAGAGCAGGAUUUAACGGUAUGGACUGAGUACCUCAAGACGGAGAACUUGCCAAAAGAAGGAGAACCUGCAACGCCGGUCAACAACGAUGAGAACCCCGAGGAUCUCGAGGCCUUUGGUCUCUAUACUGUCAUGUCACAGGCUUCCAGGCGGAUGUCAUGUGCUUCGACGCUGCGGGAGAGUGGUCGGCCGCUUGUGAUUAGUUGGCGAGGAUCCGAUGAUCCUGAGGACCCUCGAAAUUGGAGCACGGGGAAGAAGUUCUUCGUUAGCUGUCAGAUUUGGCUUCUUACUUUUGCUGUCUAUAUUGGCUCGGCUAUUUAUGCUCCUGGUAUAGUGGGCGUCACGGAGCAGUUUGGUGUGAGCAGUGUAGCAGCGACGCUGGGCUUGACACUUUUUGUCUUCGGCUACGGUCUAGGACCGAUGAUAUGGGCACCGCUGUCCGAAAUCCCCAUGAUUGGCCGAAGCCCAACCUACGUAUUGACGCUGCUCGUCUUUGUCUUUUUCAACUUUGGCGUGAUAUAUGCCCAUAACUUCGGAAUGCUGCUGGCUUUCCGCUUCCUUACUGGUUUCCUUGGGUCACCUGUUCUAGCAACGGGAGCUGCAUCUAUGGGUGAUAUGUGGAGCCCCCAAAGUCGGGACUACAUGAUCGGUAUCUGGGGAAUGUUCGCCAUCUCCGCACCAGUCUUGGGCCCUAUGCUAGGUGGGUUCGCCGCUUCUGCAAAAGGAUGGACUUGGACUAUCUGGCAGCUAGUGUGGGUGUCAGGAUUCACUUUGGUAUUGCUGUUCUUCUGUCUACCCGAAACCUUUGCGCCGAAUAUCCUUGCCCGGCGAGCUCGUCGGGUUCGCCGUAUCACGGGUAAUUCCCAAUAUAUGUCAGAGUCGGAGAUAGAGAUUAAGGAGGUCAAGCCCAGGGACGUCCUCUUCGAAGCUCUUAUCCGGCCCUUCCAACUAUGCUUCCUCGAACCAAUUGUCCUUCUCACCAAUCUCUACAUCGCACUUAUCUACGGAAUCCUCUAUAUCUGGUUUGAAGCCUUCCCGAUUGUCUUCCAGGAACUCCGCGGAUUCAAUCCGGGUGAAGGUGGUCUCGCGUUCAUGGGAAUUCUAGUAUCCACCUGCUGCCUCGUCAUCCCAGCCUACUUUUACUGGAAAUACCGCUGGCAGGCAAAAUAUUUUGAUGCAGACGGCAAUAUUGCACCAGAAAUGCAAAUGCCUCCGGCCAUUGUGGGCGCCCUCGCCCUCCCAAUUUCCCUCUUCUGGUUCGGCUGGACAGGCAACUUUGCCAGUAUUCACUGGAUCGUCCCUAUCAUCGCAUCUAUGCUUUUCGCUGUCGGUGGUUGUUUGAUCUUCAACUGUAUAUUUACUUAUCAGGCACAUGCUUACCCUAAGUAUGCUGCCUCCGUGCUUGCAGGUAAUGAUUUCCUGCGUUCAUCAUUUGGCGCUGGAUUCCCGCUUUUCGCAUCAGCCAUGUUCCACAACCUGGGCGUUGGAUGGGCUUGCACACUGCUUGGAUGUUUGACUCUCCUAUUUGUGCCUUUCCCAUUUAUCCUCAUCUAUCGAGGAAGGAGAAUUCGGAUGGCGAGUAAAUACGCACGACACGAUAUUUAA